CCUCGCGCCGGAGCUGUCACCGCCGCCGGGUGGCCCCUCCCGCCCGCCGCGAUGGAGCAGGACCGCGGGCCGCCGCCGGCAUCGCCCUCGCCCAGAGCUGCCUUGGAUAAAGCAAUUGGUAGGGGGAAAAGUCUUCAUGGUGAGUAUGAGUCUUCACGCAGAAAAGCAAACCAAGUGGUUCUGUAAGCAGCAGAUCUGAAGUUGACUCGCUGUGGCCGUAUGUGGAAUGUGAGGAACAGUAGCAGCUACAGUGUAUCAUGUGGGUUCUGUUGUACCACUCCAAUGCAUUUCCCAUGAAGUUUUCUCUGUGGACAUGCUGCUAUCAAGGCUGCAUGAAGUCUGGGGCUACACAGCACUUGCCUAAUGGUUUUGACUUCUUGGACUUUAAGAAGACAAAAAUUGAAUCCUCACCAAGUCAAUUGUGGUCCACAUUACUUUCUGUUCCUGCCGCUGGACAGUACACUGAUUUGGGUAUGGAAUUGUUGAAGAUGCGAGAUCCAUGAAAAAAACUUUUUGCAUUCAAGAAAGCGUCAUUUAAUGUUACCUGUUUUAGAAUUAUCUAGAGUGGCACUUGAUAACUCAUCUACAAGAUUUCUUCACUGACAUCUGAAGAACAAAGUGCUUUUCCAGCCUGUACUUCUGUAGCACUAUGACUAACUGUAAAGGCAGAUCUACCAUCACCAAAACAAACAGCAGAGUUCAUGACAGAGAAGGUUUUGUGGACUGGACCAUUAGUCUUAGUUCAGUUCAAUCCGAUAAAUUUUUGAAUCUGCUUUUGAGUAUGGUUCCUGUUGUUUACCAAAUAAACCAGGAUGAAAGACACAAAAAAGUGAAUGGUGUUUGGCAAGAUGGAUUACAACCAGCAGGACAUAAUUAUAAUGUUAAAUCUGACCAGCAUGCGGAGUAUCAUCACUUCUCAGAACAAACCUUUCAUGGUAGUAAUGGACACAGCCCUUCUAGCUGUAGCCCUAAAUAUGAUGAUUUUUCCAGUUAUAAUUACUGUGAUGGAAUGGACACCUCAGAAACAGAUGCAAUGUUGCAGGAAGACAGCCUGUCUAGUGACAGUAAUGAAGAUAUUAUUGUGGAAGGGAGUAGAAAGCAACCCAAGGAAUCUAGUAGUAUUAUGGCACUGCAGAUUCUCGUACCUUUUUUGCUAGCAGGAUUUGGAACUGUUUCAGCCGGCAUGGUUUUGGAUAUAGUACAGCACUGGGAUGUAUUCAAGAAUGUUACUGAAGUUUUUAUCUUGGUUCCUGCUCUUCUUGGUCUCAAAGGAAAUUUGGAAAUGACCUUGGCAUCCAGGCUGUCAACUGCAGUAAAUAUUGGAAAAAUGGAUUCUCCCAUUGAGAAGUGGAACUUAAUAAUUGGCAAUUUGGCCUUAAAACAGGUUCAGGCAACAGUAGUUGGUUUUCUGGCAGCAGUGGCAGCAGUUAUACUGGGCUGGAUUCCAGAAGGCAAAUACAGCUUCAGUCAUUCAAUCCUUCUGUGUUCUAGCAGUGUAGCAACUGCAUUCAUAGCUUCUCUUUUACAAGGAAUAAUAAUGGUUGGAGUUAUUGUUGGAUCAAAGAAGACUGGUAUUAAUCCUGACAAUGUUGCCACUCCUAUAGCAGCAAGCUUUGGAGAUCUUAUUACUCUAGCCAUUCUAGCAUGGAUAAGUCAGGGUCUUUAUUCUUGCCUUGAAACAUAUUACUAUGUAUCUCCUUUGGUUGGUGCCUUUUUUUUGGCUCUGACUCCUAUGGGGAUUGUCAUAGCUGCCAAACACCCAGCUACUAGAACUGUUCUCCAUUCAGGAUGGGAGCCUGUUAUAACUGCCAUGGUUAUAAGCAGUAUUGGUGGCCUUAUUCUGGACACAACUGUAUCUGACCCAAACUUGGUUGGAAUUGUUGUUUAUACCCCGGUAAUCAAUGGUAUUGGUGGUAAUCUAGUAGCUAUUCAAGCUAGCAGAAUUUCUACCUACCUCCAUUUGCAUAGUAUUCCUGGAGAGCUGCCAGAAGAAGCCAAGGGUUGCUAUUAUCCAUGCAGAACCUAUUACGGUACAGGAGUAAACAACAAAUCAGCCCAAGUUCUGCUUCUUCUGGUGAUUCCUGGUCAUCUAAUUUUCUUGUACACUAUCCAUUUAAUGAAAAGUGGCCAUACUUCCCUAACUCCAAUCUUCAUAGCAGUAUAUUUGUUUGCAGCUCUGCUACAGGUGUUUACUCUGUUAUGGAUUGCUGACUGGAUGGUGCACCACUUCUGGAAAAAGGGAAAGGAUCCUGACAGUUUUUCUAUCCCUUAUCUUACCGCACUGGGAGAUCUGCUUGGAACUGCCUUAUUAGCCGUAGGUUUUCAUUUUCUGUGGCUCAUAGGUGACAGAGAUGGUGAUGUUGGAGACUAAUUAUUUCAAUGGAUGCAAUGACUUCUCCUGAAGUACCGAGAUAAGCAAUCAUUCCACUUGAUGGUCCUCAAAAUGGUUGUUUCAUUUGGUCUAAGUAAAUCAAGUUGACACAGAUACAAAACAGCCUUAGUCAUUUUGGUUUGGAUUGGUAAAGAAGUGAUGGAUCUAGGAGGAGAUCUGAGACCAUUAGACUGAAAACAAGGUGGAUGGCUGCUAGUUGAAAACAUCUGAGUAGACACAGCGAAGGACACAUUAAUCCUUUACCGAAUCCUUUAUUUUUAAAAGAUAUGGUCUUUUAAAAGAACUGUUUCUUAUCUGUUAGUGCAAACCAGAACAAUCUCUUAAUUUCUCACUCAGUGGUGAUAAAGAAAAGGGUAAAAAAUAGUCAGUGGCUUACCUUGUUUUUCUUCCCUAAUACAAAGUGGGUGUGUGUUCUCAUCUUCCCACAGAAGUAGGUAGGAGACGAGAUGAGUUCUCUUUCAUAGACCUGGUUACAUGGUACAUUCUUAUCUUGCAAGUUCAAUGCUGUUACUCUGACCACUGCAGACUUGAUAUCAAUAAUAACUGUUAGAGUGAUUUGUAUCCUGGUUGUUAAAAUGUUUUGUCACAAGCUUCACGUAUACUAAUAGAAUUAUCAUCAUUUAUGAAAUCAGACACUUAAAAAGUGUCUGCAGGACUGAGCCCUUUUUCUUUCUGCUAAAAAAAAAAGCAACCUGAUUAUUUUACAGUUGUAAUUUAGUAGAAGAGUGUAGCGAAGAGAGACAACCUGAGACUGACCUCAUCAAUAAUAACGGACUGAUUAUUAAAAUUCCUUGUGCUGGAAAGUGUCUUUUCAUUUGGCAACUGAAAAAGAUGUUGAAGUAACUAAAAUUAACAGUGUUGUGAUGGCCAGUGUCCUGACUCAAAGAAAGUAUUUCAUGGUGUUGAUUCAAACACGAACACUUAUCCCUGACUAAAACUUGAGGUAUAAAAGAUUAUGUUGCUAUUUUAGGCACUAAGGAAGUUACAUAAACUUUUGAAAUUCCAGAGCUGUCUACGUCAUCCACUUCCAAGCAGAAACCUCCAUCCUUGCUAACAGGAUUUCUGCUUUCAUGCUCUAGAAGUAAUCUUGUUCAUAAGGAAUGACUGCUUCUGAAUGAUUUAUCUUAUUUUUAUACCACAGUAAUUCAAAUAACACAUUGAUCAUGAAGACUCUGGUUACCACUUAGAAAAAAAAACAAAAAACCACCAAUUGCUCUGGUUUAUAAUCUACUGGAAAUUCUCACGGUGUGUGUUUUUUAAAGGCUACUGCAUACAUCAUAAAUACAUAAUUAUAUAACUCAGAUUUUAAAUGUUAUGAUCAAAAGUUUUUAAUUUUGAGAAUUAAAUUAGACAACUAAAUCCACAUAUCAGUGUAAAUCGUAAAUCUGUAAACAUUAGUUCUGCAAUUUAUGGAUAUAAAUUGUCCCUUUUAAUUUGAUGGACCUACUCAGAUGAAUUAAUUAAAUGCAUAAGCGGUAAUGGGGCUUCUAUAGAUGUUGGUCACCUUAAAUUCUGUGGAAAUUGGAAGUGUAACUCUGAAAAUUAAACCAGCUAUUCAGUGCCUAGACAUGGAUUUAGAUGCCUGACUUAGCACUCUCAUUUUAAAAUGUUUAUUAGAGCUUUUUCUUAGAGCUAUAUGAUGUAGCUGUUUGAAUGAAUCAUAUGUAUCAUGUCUUCUAUUAUGUGAAAGACAAAAUCUUUCUAACUUCAAGUUCUCCGACUUCUCUUAGUUCCUAUUAAUGUUAUUUAAAUUAGUUGUAUGUAGCACUGUAGGACAUACUCCCAUUAAAUUGCUUAAAAUGGUCUAGAUGGUACUUUUUUUUUACAUAGAUGCACAAUUUUUCAUUCUGAUAGAACUGCCACCUGAAUUAACCAAAUAGGUAUUUCAAAUGCUUUUCUCAUUAGAAUUACUGGACUUUAAAGCCCUUUUAAAACAAAUUGCAAGGUUCUUUUGUAUUAAAAUUUCUUGAGGUA